AUGACUCUAGACGAAACAGCGAAGGCAACCAGCAGAAACAUCCCUGAUGUGAUUGCCCAUCGUGGUUUUUCCGGCAAAUAUCCCGAAAAUACAAUCCAGUCGUACGAAAAAGCAGUCGAAGCUGGUACCACUGCACUUGAAGGCGAUAUACGCAUUAGUAAAGAUGGCGAAGUCAUCAUGAUGCAUGACUUGUCAUUGCAACGAACCACCACAGGCACCGGGGCCGUGAAUGACUGUCUUUGGCAUGGUUACAUUGACGGCUUGGUUACCAAAGCGGGACAACAGCCGAUUCCAAGGUUACAAGACGUAUUCAAUAUGCUGCUACGGAUACCCAACAAGAGCGUUUACAUGAUCAUCGAUAUCAAGUUUGAUAAUCCGCUGGAAAUUUUGGAUGCGGUGCAUUUGUUGGUUCACAGUUAUAAUCAAGAGGAUCGGGCGUUUUUGGAAAAACAAGUCGUCUUUGGCGUGUGGCAUCCGGAUUUUCUAAAACGGGCCAAAGAACUGUUCCCAGAGUAUGCACUAUGCUUCAUUGGCCUUUCACUGGAAGCGGCGCGGAAACACUUUCUCCACGAAGUCGAUCAAUUGAGUAUGCCGUUUGCGACGUUGGUCGAUGAGGACGGUCAAGCGUUCAUCAAGGAAGCCCAAGCCUUGGGGAAACGGGUGUAUUGCUGGACAAUCAACGACAUUGGCCAAAUGCAUAAUUGCGUGGUAUGGGGCGUCAAUGGCGUGGUAGGUGAUUUCAUCGACACCUUGGUACAACACGUACGUCAUGAUAUCGAAAAUAUGACCCCGGACAAUUUUGAUCACUACCUGAAAUCAUGCACUUACCUAUCCCACCGACGCCGACGAUGGUACUACUAUUUAUUGAAAAAGGGCAUGUACUGGGCCAGUUGGAAGUUUAUUGGCAUAUAA